GCUGAAACUAACCACAUAUAUUUAUGAAAUACUCUUUCCCCUUGAUUCAGUCUACAGAACACUGGAAGAAUGAGGUCCUCUUGGACCCCUUUGGGGCCUCCUGUGAGCCAGGACCGCAUCAUCACCAGCUUCCCUAAGUGUUACACACCUGAUGCCUGCCUGCAGCUGAAGGAGUACUUUCACAGCCAGGUCAGCACUGCCUGCCAGAACAGGAACACGGGCACUGUUGGGCUCAAGCUCUCCAAGGUGGUUGUUGUUGGCGAUCUCUAUGUGGGAAAGACUAGCCUCAUUCAUAGGUUGUGCAAGAAUGUUUUUGAUCGUGAUUACAAGGCCACUAUUGGGGUAGACUUUGAGAUUGAGCGCUUUGAGAUUGCGGGGAUUCCCUACAGCCUCCAGAUCUGGGACACAGCCGGGCAGGAGAAGUUCAAGUGUAUUGCAUCUGCCUACUACCGCGGUGCCCAGGUGAUCAUCACAGCCUUUGACCUCACUGACGUUCACACGCUGGAACACACCAGGCAAUGGCUGGAGGAUGCACUGAGGGAGAAUGAGGAAGGCUCUUGCUUCCUCUUCCUCGUGGGAACCAAAAAGGAUCUCCUGUCAGGGGCAGCCUGUGAGCAAGCUGAAGCAGAGGCUAUACACUUGGCCAAUGAGAUGCAGGCAGAGUACUGGUCUGUGUCAGCCAAAACCGGAGAGAACGUGAAGGCAUUCUUCAGUCGUGUUGCCGCCCUAGCAUUUGAGCAGUCUGUACUUCAGGACCUGGAGAAGAGACCCAACACCCAGUCCCAGGUCGGAGAUGGAGAUGGAGACCUAAUCCGAAUAGAGGUACCCAAGAUGAAGGAGAACAAGAGGCCACCUGGCGUGGGCUGCUGUUAGAUGAGAACCACCUACUCCCUGCAUACGUGUGGGGUGACAUGGAGCCAAAGCUCUGUGGCAGAUAUGCCUUCCAGCUGGAGAAGGCCUGUGUCUCCAGGGCCCAGUCAUUUUUCUUUGGCACAGCCCCCACUGGCUGCCGGGCCUCCAUACUGUUGGGCUGGUUGUGGGGCACACUGGGAUGACGCUUUUCCCUUCAAGGUCUUCAGGCUGUCACUGUGGUCUGAAGAGGCUUCAAGACUGCAAACUCAGGAUGCUGGGGGUUAGCCCACAUCCCUUACCCAGUCAUAUCU